AUGAGUUCCACACCCCCAGCAGAAGGUACCCCCCCGCCCGUUGCGUCGAAGGCGAAGCGCACACAAGAGCAGAUACGGGAAUCUAGCCGCAGGAGGGAAGCGUUGAUGGAGGCCAUUUCAAAGCAACGCAGCUUGGGCUUGCAGGGAGCGAUGGAUAUUUCGGAGGCAUACGACGUACCGCUUCCAUGGGUUUCAACACAAGUCUUUCUAGGCGCCGAACAGCAGGCUAAGGAGGCUCAGCCCCGGUCAAACGCCUUCGGCGCGUUCGUGAAACACAUCCACGCAACGCGUGUUGCCAACCACGAGGAAAACGUAGGCGGCUCCGGGGCGAUGGUAUCUGCGUCAAAGGUAGCCUCAGAGGAGUGGGCGAAGCUCUCGCCUGAGGAGAAGCUUGAGUGGGCGGAGCGAUCCCGACAGGCUCAAGAGCAGAAGGCUUCCGAAGCCAAGAAGGUCGUCAAGAAGGUUCGCUCGGAGCAUAUCGGUAACACCAUUCAAGGGACGUUUCGGAAAAUCGACCCCGUCCUCUUGGAGCUCCAACAAGCUACCAACUGUCAUAUAUGCUAUAUCGUCACUCGCAACGAUGUCAUGGACCAGUACGCGCCCCGCAGCACGACGUCUAAGCGCCUCGAUGACGCGUGCUUGAUGCUUUUCAAGCACACGGUCGAGGAGCUCUCCCUCCGACUUGACGCGUAUGUCGCGGGUGGUAUUGCCCAGCUAGCGGCUGUUACCGGCGAAAGGAAGACCACUCUGCUCAGGAGGAUAAUUCGCGAGCAGAUUUUACAUAGACUUUGUAAACUACUCCAGAGCCGUGGCAUCUCGCGCGAGGAGUUGCCGGCCAUGGUAGAGUGGCAAAACCACGAGGGCACCGUCAUCAGGUGGGGCGUGGAGCUCGUCGGCUACCCCGGUGGAGUCAUCAAGAACCCGAAUGACGUGUCGUCGGUCAGCCUGUUGCAGCAGAUCGAGACCGCCAUCAGGACUGGCGACUGCUUCUGGCGGGAGCUCUCCGACGAGCAGUGGAAUGCUCGCAAGGCUGCCCACGACCAGCGCGUGCUAGCAGGGCCCCUGAAAGCCGCCGGGACGAAGAGGAGGCGUACGAACACCACGCUUCAGCCGGGGGCCGCCGCCUCCACGCCCGCAUCUCCACCAACGGCCAACUCAGCCAUCACCCAUCCCCCGCCGUCUACCCCACUGCUCACGCUGUCGCCAACGCCAUCGUCGUCAUUCCCCCCGGCCCUCCCGCAAUCUCAGUUCUCCCCAGCCCUCUCUCAGUCUCAGUCCCAGUACCAGCACCUCACCGGCAUUGUCGAGUACACCCACGCCCUCAGGCUACUUUAG